AUUUGUAGACUGUUGGAAAAUGACAGAUGAUGAUGCUGAAGAGAGUGAAAAUAGUGAUGAAACAUAGACGACUCGGAUCAAGACAGAUUUUAUUUUAUCGGGAGAAGGAAAUGAUGACUCAGACUCAGACGACCUAGAAAGUGGAGUUCCGGAAGAUUCUAGAUAUGAUGGCUAGCACAAUUUCUUUGUUGGAAGGAUGAAAAAAUCGAACAUAGGCCACCUCCUAAUGCAUGGAGAAGUAAACCUCAAAGUCAGGUCAUGCCUGAUGAAAGUAGGCCAUUGGAAGAGUCAACCUUCUGGGCAGAUGAUGAAUUAGAAACUCCUGACCCCGGAAUUGAGUUCCUGUGGACAGAAAAAAAAGCUUCCUGCCAAGGAAGAUUACUUUGUAAAAAACAAAGUAUUAAGUCCAAGAGAUCUCUCAAGUUUCAGUCAUCGGGUUUGAGAAAUAAGUUAACAAGUAUACCUGAAAAAGAACUUGAAAAAAGGAAAUCUGGGAAUUCUUCUUCCAGUUCAGGAUCCGAUAGUGUUGUUGUGCAAAUCAGCGAGGUCACGUAUUCUUGUUUUCCACUGGCAAGUGCAUACCAACCAGUUAAACAGACUGCCUUAAAUAACUCUGGAAGCCAAAUAUGGAACUUCUACACUGACAGAUGUGGAGAAAGAGGUAUAGAGUCAAGUGGAAGUGGCAAUUCCUCGUCACUGCAGGAGAAUUGCAACUGUGUGGUGUGUGGAGAGAAGGUGAACACGUGUGUCAUGCACCAUCACCAACGCCACCUAAACUUCUGUGAGGGCUGUGCCACCAAUUGUUUCCAUGACUCUGCCAUCUGCCCAAUAUGCCCCCAGCGCAUUGUCUACAUUUACAAAUAUAAGGACAUUUGAUACAUUUCUAAAUUACCAACUUUGUUAGAUCUUUUAAAAUAAAUACAAAUUUUCUAUUUUUGUA